AUGUCCAGCGGAUUCACGGGAGCCCGCGUGAAUCAAAAGGAUACCAAGCAGAAAGAGUUCAGCACCGUCAAUAAGGAUGGCAAGACGGUCUGGGAACCGGGGCUUCCAGCUUUGGUCACUUCCCGGCGCCAGCAUCGACCUCGACCUGCCGCGGGUGCUGCAGCUGCCGUGGAGGAUGUUCCUCCAGUGUCGUGCGACCUGAGACUGAUCUUGAAGAUGUCAGCAUCCAACAAGGGAGAUUGGCUGGAAAAGGCUCUGAAAGCCAUGAUGGCCGGCAAGACCAAGGUGCAGGAUGUCUUCAACAUCGUGACCCACCCAAAGUUUGCUUCCGGCGUGUCGGAAAAGUAUGGAAAGCGAAUGUUUCAAAUGGUGACUGAGAACAUGGACCAGUUCUCCGACAAGCAGAGGUUGACUCUCUCGAGGUGUAAGCUGGCCUCGGGCGAUGCCAAGGAGGACUCAGAAGACGAAGCCAAGAUCAAACGCCGGCGCAGGAGCCGUUCCAGGAGCCAUGCCAGGUCGACAACAGCCUCACCUCCUCGUUGGGAUCCUAAAAGGGAUGCGAGGGCGGCCGCAGGCAAUGCGGGCUACAAAUUGGCUGGCUGUUAG